AUGAGCGCCUCCGACAAACGGCGCGCCCACGGCGUCACCGGCAACCACGUGCUUCGGACGGCCACGUCAGUACGGCAUGCCCACCACAGCUCCGGUAGCUCUGCUGGGGCGCCGUCGCCCAGCAGCACCCACUCAGUCAGCGGCGCAGGCAGCCAUCUGCCAGCCGUGCCGCAGCGCGUGGCUGUGGUCAAUCCCAGCUCCGUGUCCGACGACACCCACGAGACCUCGGAAAAGGACAAGGAGAAGGACAAGGAAAAAGACGGCACAGGGGCGAGCAGCAGCAGCGGUGGCAUGACCCCCCGCACCUCAUCCUCGUCCUCCGCCGCCGCCGCCGCCCGCGCCGCCAAGGACAAGCAGCGCGAGCGCGAGUCGGCCAGCCUCGCCGCGCAGGUGCGCCACAAGGACGAGCGGAUCGCGCACCUCGAACGCGAGCUGGACACGAUGGAGCGCGAGUUCCAGCACCAGCUGGACAAGCUGAGCGCAAGCGAGAGCGAGACGGCGACGUUCUGGCAGGCCAAGCACAGCGCGCUGCACCAGCGGCACCUGCGCGCAGACACGGAGCUGCGGCUGCUGCGCGCCGAGGUGGACGUGCGCGAGGCGGAGCGCGCGGAGCUGCGGCAGGGCUGGGAGGCGCUGCGGCGCGAGCUGCAGGGGCGCGACGAGGAGGUGCGCGCGCUGCGCAUGCAGGUCCGCGGGCUCAAGGAGUUUGUGAGCACGAGCACACGCGCGGACGGGCAGGCGAGCGACGAGGUGUUUGGCGACGGCAUGGCGAGGCUGGGCAACGGGCUGCAGAACUGGGUCAUUUCACAUUUUCGCAGGGCAAAGUUGGAUUUAUCGACGCUCGACGACGAGACGACGGAGGAGAUUAGCAACCUCAUCCCCAUGUACGAAGAGCUCGCGACCACGGCCAAGGUGCACCUGCUGCAGUCGGUGGUGUCGCGGAUCCUCGUCGACAUGGUUUUUGACGCCUACUUUGUCGGCCUCUCCGACGACCAGACGCGGCAGCUGUGCCAGAUGGAGGAGACUCUCGGCGAGCUCUGCGGCGACAGCGGUAGCGGCGAGUCCGUCAACCGGUGGCGCGCGGCUACGCUCUCGCUGCUCCGACGGGAGGGGUCGCCGGCGCUGCUGCGGGACGGCGCGACGGCCGUUGCCGAGGCGGUGGUGGCACAGACGAGCCGCAUCCUUGACCGGUUAACAGGCGGAAGCAGCGGCGGCGGCGGUAGGGAAUCGCGUGACGUGACGCUGCGGGCACUGGUCAACGACGCGAUCGAGCUGGCGCGGCUGCUGGUCGUGCAGAAGGCGGUGCUGCGCGUAUGCAUGCCGCGCGUGCUGCCGCACGAGCGCGUCUUCUUCGACGCGAGCACGAUGGAGGACAUUGGCGGCGGCGCGGAGGAGGAGGAGGAGUAUGACGAUGGAGAGGGUCAGGGGAUGAGGCGGCGGCGGGAGGUGCGGUGCGUGGUGUUUCCGGGGGUGGUGAAGCGCGGCGACGAGGAGGGCGCGCAGAUGCAGUAUAGGAACGUCCUCUGCAAGGCCAAGGUGGUGUGUCGGCAGGACUAG